ACCCAAUCUGCGAUCCAACGCCGUCGUCGUAGCCGCCGACGCUGCAUCGUCGUCGCUGUCGUGUCCGCACGACACAACAGGCCAUGGCCGUUCUGCCUCUUUGCUUCUACGGCGAUCCCGAAAACAACAACAACAACAACAACUUCCAACCGCAACAGCUCAACCUACGUCAAAGGAUCGCCAAACAGCCGACAUCAACGAAGCGGCGGAUAUUCUUCAUCAUUUUCUCGUUCCGGUGCUGCUCUUCCGGCGGUUGUUGUCGGUUCUUCAUCCUGUGACGCUACUUGCCCGGCUUCAGCCGCCAUCCUCUUUCAGCCGUCAGCUCUACCCAAGCGACUUCAAAACGUGCUCGACGAUAAGAAGCGACUGACCUUCACUCAGCGCCCAGCCGACUCGAACCGCCGCCGCCACAUCAUCGCCGGACGGACGGCGAUGUCCGACAACUUCAUUUACGGAGACAUCACAAGAGAAUUGUACGAGAUAUGGUGCCGCGUGGUGCCCAACGGCAGCGCUGUUGUUGCUGAAACCCAGCGGCUGCAAUCGCUCUUUCAUCAGGCCAGCGUCUACCCGUCGCAGUCGCAAAUCCUCGAGAUGAUCCACUGCGCCAGAGAGCGCGAAUUGCAGUUACAACAACAACAACAACAAGAGGAAUCCGUCGUCAUGCCUGCGGCUUCGACAUCCACCGCCCUCGGUUGCGGAUCGAAGGAUCCGCCGCAAACGGACGGCAAUCUACAGCAACGCAAUUUCCUGACGUUUGGCGAAUUUUGCCUGUUCGCCCACGAAUUGCGCAAGUCCUACGAACGAGAGAUACCUCGACCGACGCAGCUGUCGAAAGUGGUCGACAUCAAGGGCAACGACAAGAAAAUGUCUGACCGUAAGAUCUCAAAAUCUGCCGCCAAAUAUCAGGUCUUCCUGGGCGGCUCGUGCAAUCCAACCACUUGGAGGCAAGACAUUGCUAUUCCUCUACUCAAAACGUGGGGUCUCACCUACUUCAAUCCACAAGUACCGCAGUGGGGACCGGAAUUGAUUGAGAAAGAGCACCACGCAAAACAAACGGCCGACGUCCUGUUUUUCGUGAUCGAUAAACAAACACGAAGCGUGGCAACGAUCGUAGAAGCCGCUUAUUACACGGCAGCGCAAAAGACAUUUAUUCUCGUCAUUCACGCACUGGACGGGCCCGGCCAGCUCAUCCAGGGAGAACCCAUUACAGAACGGGAAUACGAAGAUUUAGCCACUGGUCAACUGGUCUUACAAGACAUGGUCGAACGACUGGGCAUACCUGUUUUCAGUAAUAUCAGAUUGGCACUCGACUGCACGGCCAAGAUAUUAAAAGAACGGAUCACUGUCCAAGAACUAGGACUCAGCGAUGGAAUCAGCCCGUUGAAAAAUCCUCAUUAUCCUAUCGGCGACAAGUUGAUUAAACUGCGCGAUGCGUUCAAUGCACUGGAUACGAGCAAUUCGGGUGAAAUCAGCAUGGCGGAUGUCUGCAUGGCUUUUCGGAUUCUCACCAAGAGAGAUCUCUCAGUGGACGAUUUGAAAAACAUUGUGGCCAGCAGCAACGAACAAACGUCGGUCUCUUUCGAUCAGUUUUGCUGCAUUUUGACCGAGUUUCGCAAUUUACCUGCCGAUAAUCAAAGACGUUUUUGGGACGUGAUGGCCAGCAAGGCCGCAACCUUGCUCUACUCGGUGGUCUCGCCCGUCUCUCGGAUACUCUGCCGCCCAAGUCCAAAAGGAGUGGCACGAUGUGACAGUUCGUCGCCAGAGGUGACAAUGGGCGGAGCACGAGAUAUCUAUUUGGGAGGAUCGUGCGGCUCUACCACCUGGCGUGAACAGACGGCCAUCCCGUUACUCAAGAAGAGCGGGUUGACAUACUUUAAUCCGCAGACGUGCGGAUGGAGUCGACGGUUUAUUCCGAUCGAAGCGGCGGCCAUGGACGCCAGCCGGGUCUUAUUGUUCGUUGUCUCGCUAGAAACACGUUCGCUUUCGUCGAUGGCCUUGGCCGCCCAUUACAUUGGACUCGGUUGCAAUGUGGUGCUGUGCAUUCAACGCUUACCUGACAAUGCGGAAAUCAACGGCGAUCGGCUUUCGGCUUUCGCCAUCAAAGACUACAAUCGCGGUCGGAAUUACCUUUCCGAUUUGGCCAACCGCGAGGGAAUCCCGGUCUUUGACGAAAUCAAGGAGGCGGUCGAAUGUGCCAUUCAGCGCUGUCACCAGCAGUUGGUGUUGUUACAAAAUCAACAGACUCAAAUCCAACAACAACAACGAUGAAAAAUACUGUCGACUACCUUGUUUUUGUUUUGUUUUUUUCUCUCCGAUUUUUGAUUUAAUUAUUAUUAUUUUAAUCCCGUCUCCCGUAAUGUCCCUUUUUUUUUUUUUGGAACAAGGAUAGACGAGGAAUGUUUGUGUACGUGAUUUCGCCGCAGCAAAUUUACCAGUCGGGAGCAGCUCUUUUUUUUUUAUUUUUCAAUAAAGUUUACUUUUCUUUUUGCCGGAAGUGAAAUGAACACAAGGUAAAGUGAAAAGAAACAUUUGUGCGUGUGUAAAGCCUCUUUUUUUGUUUUUGUUGUUUUUUUUUUCAAUCCACACGUGGAUCCCCAAAACCAGGAAGAUGAUAUUAUCUUGCGCCGGGUGUGUGUGGGUGUGUGUGUGUGUCCUCUGUGUUUGACCGUGCCUUUCAAAGAUUUAAAAAAAAAAAAAAGGACGAUUUUCUGCGUUCAAUCGCGAACUCAAUCUCUUUAUGUGUCUACGUUGAUGGCCAGCUAUUCAUUUCUCUCGACAUGGAGGACAUUGUAUGGUUUACUACCCCCAUCCGUUUGUCUUCAUCAUUUUCAGCUGCUAAUCCAUUUAUCUGUUUCCGCUAUAUGUGUGUGUGUUUGUGUGUGUAUGUAUGGAAUCCCUGGAGCUCUCAGGUGUAAUCGACGCUGCCCUUUGUUGCUUGACAAUUUUUUCUUGGUUUUUUCGAUUCCCUUUGAUUGUCUGGAAUAACUCUGGCUAGGCCGUGUGUGUUCUUUUUUCUGGGGGAUGGACGUUCCCAAAUGAUUGUGUUUAUUUUUGGUAGCGUUUGGCUAGCGAUUCGUGUACAUAAUGCGUUUUGAAUCGUGGUGCCAUGCAGCAGCAAACCAUCAAACGCAUCCCAUCACAUUAUUAUUAUUUUCUUACUUAAAAUAUGUUUUUAUUUUUUUGCCUAAUCUAUUUCAAUCAUUUAUACAGUCUCUACCAUCAUUUGUUUUUGUUCUUUGUCGAUGUCGGUUCUGAAGGCAAGUAUUUUUGUUACUGCACGAUGAUGGAUCAAUUGUUUGUGGCAUUUGCCUCGUGCUAGACAUUUAUUAGAGCGAAAAAGGAAUACUUUUCUUUUUUUUGGAGGCAGUUACAAGUACAACGGUGGCGGCUUUGAUAAGCGUCUGUGAAAAAAAACAAUCGAAACUGCAGAAAACAUGGAGAAUAAUUCACUGACUUUUGUUUCCUCAAUGUGUCAAUUUUUUGUUAGUGUAAAACUUGAUUGCAAAACAAAUACUUAACACGUACAUUAAAACAAAAACAGAAUCAGUAAACAUUUUUUGAAAAAUG